UAUUUGUUGGUUGUUGUUAAGAAACGGACAGAGAACUGACAGUAUGAUUAUUCCAGUUGUAUAUUUGUUAAUGUUUCUGUCCAUCCAAAAUAUGAAUUAAAAAAAAAAGGAAGUUGCUGUUCUUGCUAACAUGAGUCAUCCAAACAUCGUCCAGUAUAAGGAAUCUUUUGAAGAGGGUGGCUGCCUGUAUAUUGUGAUGGACUACUGCGAGGGUGGAGACCUAUUCAAAAAGAUCAACUCUCAGAAAGGGGUACUGUUCUCAGAAGCGCAAAUCCUAGAUUGGUUUGUGCAGAUCUGCCUAGCGCUCAAGCAUGUACACGAUCGAAAAAUUCUCCACAGAGACAUAAAAUCACAGAACAUCUUUUUGACAAAAGAUGGAACAGUUCAGCUUGGAGACUUUGGAAUUGCAAGGGUGCUGAACAGUAUGCCAGUAUGCUAUACCUAUUUAAAUAUACAGUAUACUUUAUAUAUGACUUUCAGGUUUUUGUCAGGUUUUUAUGUGGCAGAGCCCACAUAAAGUACGGAAGACCUAAACCUAAAAUAAGACUGAAAUAAAUUAAUCACUAAAUAAACAAUGUUACUAAAUGCUGUGAAAAUAAGAUUAAAUUGGGGAAAUUAUUUCAUUAAAUGUCUGACCCACCAUCCAAAGAGAACGACUACUGCAAUUGCUGCAGGAGCACUAAACUAGUGUUUACCAAACAAUUAAAUUAAGUUCACACUGCAAUAACUUAUCCACCAUGGUGGGUGUUUAUGUUUUUCAUUACCAAACUGUAAUAAUUGAUUUAAGAUAUAUUUGAAGUCAAUAACAAUGGAAUCAAUAAACCUUGAAGCCUAUCCAUAAUGAACACUUUUAAAAGUAAAUAAA